AAUCAAGUCCGGUAUUCGCUCCAGCCCAGCUGGUGGCGGUAAUGCACCGGGAAAUAAUAACAACCCGAAGUGAGGAAGUCUCCUGCGCAUGCGCACUACAAAUUCACGUUUGCGUGAUCCUAACGUUGUGGUGUUGGAAGGAUCUACUUAAUAUACCUAUCCAGGGUUAAGUGGGAAAUUACACUUGGAGUACUCUUGGAGUGACUGAGCCCAUCAAUUGCAAAAAUGGAUUUCCAGCAUCGUGCUGGAGGGAAGACGGGGAGCGGUGGGGUGGCGUCUUCAUCUGAGAGUAACCGUGACAGGCGAGAGCGGUUACGUCAGCUGGCUCUGGAGACCAUUGACAUCAACAAAGACCCCUACUUUAUGAAGAAUCAUUUAGGAUCAUAUGAGUGCAAACUUUGCUUGACUCUUCACAACAACGAGGGCAGCUACUUGGCUCACACACAGGGAAAGAAACAUCAGACCAACUUAGCACGGAGAGCAGCCAAGGAGGCAAAGGAGGCUCCUGCUCAGCCAGCUCCAGCAAAAGUAAAAGUUGAGGUCAAGAAGUUUGUCAAAAUUGGUCGUCCAGGAUACAAAGUAACCAAACAGAGGGACCCAGAGACCGGACAGCAGUCCCUACUUUUCCAGAUUGAUUACCCAGAGAUUGCUGAAGGAAUUGGACCGAGGCAUCGUUUCAUGUCUGCUUAUGAACAGCGCAUCGAGCCUCCUGAUCGUCGCUGGCAGUACCUACUCCUGGCUGCUGAGCCAUAUGAGACUAUUGCAUUUAAGGUCCCCAGUAGAGAAAUUGAUAAAGCAGAAAACCGCUUCUGGACCCACUGGAACAGAGAAACCAAACAGUUUUUCCUGCAAUUCCACUUCAAAAUGGAGAAAGCUAUCACUCAGUCCAGCGGCCCAGCCCCUCCUGCAAGCGUGAAGCGUCCUCCUCCUCUCAUGAGUGGAGGUGGACCUCGCCCACCCAGUGACAAUCUGCCCCCUCCCCCACCAGGAGGGAUGUCCAUCCCCCCUCUCCCACCUGGUGCACCAGGUGCCCCUCAUAUGCCCCCUCGGAUGCCCAUGCCCCCCAUGCCAAUGCGACCACCUCCUCCCGAUGGCCUCACAAUAUCUAAUAACUGAUCCCUGACCAGUCUAUCAUGUUUUAUUUUCUGAUGUGUAGUCAGACUGACCUGCUUGUCUACAAUAACAAUCUCCUUGCAGACAUUGUAGGUACAUGACGUUUGAUUAUUCCCAAAAAGGUUUGAGUCCACAUUUUAUUAUACAUUUGUUUGGUUCAUGGAAAUUUGUAGGUCAUCCCGUGUGAUCACACUGUUUUGUACAAUAGCUUGAAUCUGCAUAUUAAGCUAUGACUGAAAAUAGCUUAUCUUUUAAGAUUCUGUUUUUGUAAUAAAAUUCUGUAGAGAGAAACA